UGGCACAGUCUCUCCUCAGCACAGAUCUUGGUUAACGCUCAUUUUUUCCCCCGGACGUUUGAAGAGAAGCGAUGGAGAGCGACUGCACGGAUCGACCUGCUUACCGAGUUUACUGAGACUUACAGGGGAUACUCAUCUGUCUUUGGACCCUAAUGGCAAGUUAGCCGACCUGUUUCGUCUGCCAUGUGGGAGUAAACCUUCCCAGGAGGUGCCAUGCUAGCCACACAGAUGCCAGAUACGCCACCGGAGGCUAAAGAUGUCAAACAGAUUAAAGAGAAGUUGUCGCAGUCGCUCAAGGCCCUGCAGAAGCGAUACGUAACGUCAGACGCUGUGGUAACAAGUGAAGAUGGUGACGCUAACCUGCUCUGCUCUGCCCUGGAGGCCAUCUUCAUCCACGGUAUCAAGAGCAAGUACAUCCGCUCAGAGGCUGGGGGUCGGCCUAGGAAGGGGGACCGGGGACCCCUCCCUCAGCCGUUCUUCUGGAGCCUCCUCAAAACCGUCACCCACCGUGAUGUCAUCACAGAGCUAGAGAAGAUCAGCUUUGUGGGCACGGACGUGGGUCGCUGCCGAGCAUGGCUGCGGCUGGCCCUUAACCACGGCCUACUGGAGUGCUACCUUGCAUCGCUGUUUCGGGAGGACUCCGAGCUGCGGGCCCACUAUCAGCCCAGUGCUUUGCUCCUGAACUCUGAGGAGCGGGACGUUCUGCUCAGCUACCUCCAGGGUCUGGCCACGCUUACAUUCAGCCUGUCUUACAAGUCAGCUGUUCUCAACGAAUGGACUACCACGCCCCUGGCUCUCGCAGGACUCUGCCCCUUCUCCCAGGCAGAAACGCUCGACCUGCCCCUUAAUGGCGUGGACCAUCCCACCUCCAAGCCCAAGGAACUAUGGGAUACAGUGUCUCAGUCGUCAGGUUUAUCAGACACUGACAUACAGAGAGGGUGCCCAGGUUUUUUGAAUGAAAGAGAGUCAGGUGCUUUACAAGGGGCCAGAACAACUCUCAACUCAUCUAAUUUAAGCCUGGACACCACAGGCUCCUCUCAGCUCUCCUCCAGCUUGAGCUCUGAUAGCCUCCUACAGGGGCAGGAUCCCCGCAGCCCGACGGGAGAGCAGUGGUCCUCGUCCGACCUGGACAUGCCCAUUAAUAUCAACAUCAGCACCAAGAGGCCUCAGAAAGAUUUGCUGAGUGAGUUUCGGGAGAGCGGGCAGUGCAGUCAGGACUCCAUGCAAGAAGACUCCUUUGUCUCAAGCACGGGUCUGGAUCAGUUCUCAGAGACGGCCAUUUUCAGUGGCUCUGACAGCGAGACCCAGGGUCCUGCUACACCAUCCCAAGACUUCACAGAGCAGGCGCUGAUCUCUGUACCCUCCGAUUCAGAGCCACCAUCAACCUCCCCUGAGCUGCCACCGUCUGAUGAGAGCCAUGUUAACCACACUACAUCUGAAGUGCGUGAUGAUGAAGCCUCUUCUGAGCUACUCCUGAACUUUGGCAUGCACUCCACAGUCAGCGAGCCUGUGGAGGAAGUAAAUACAGCGGAUGUUAAGGAGAGUAAUGAGCCUGUCCAGGGAGAGAAAGCAGCAGAGUGCUCAGAGAAGAGCUCCUCAGAGGCUUCAGUACAUCCCGAGCCACGUCGCUCCACCAGCAUCCUGAGCAGGAAACUGUCCUCAGAUUCUCUCUCACAUUCCCGUUCCUGGAUCUCUGAGGACGAUAUCUACAAGCCCCAUAUGGAGGAGGUGUCAGACCAUGACGAGGCGCCUCCUCGUGCUCCCACGCCUGAGCCCAAGGUCUCCCAGUCACCUCCCAGCGUCGUCCAUCGCAGACAAAUAGGGCUGUCCAACCCGUUUCGUGGCUUGCUGAAGCUCGGUCAUCUAGAGAGACGCGGUGCAAUGGGAAUGUGGCGCGACUACUACUGCGAGCUGUCACCCUUUGAGUUCCGCCUGUAUUUCAAUGCAGAGGAGCGGACGUGUUGCGACAACUGCUCCCUGGUGCGAUGCGAGGACGCUCGCAUCACCUCACCUGAGGGCCGCUUCGAGUUGACCUUUCCUGGGAAGCGACUGUGCCUUCGAGCAGCCAAUCAUGACGAAGCUGAGGACUGGGUCGACCGAAUCGUCGAGGCCGUCAACAAAUGCCGGCCAGCGUCUCGUGUCGAUGAGCAGUGGGAGGUGCUGCAGCCGUCCCCUGAGAAUGGUGUUGAUGAACGCACGUUUCCAUCCCCGUCCUCUGCCCCCUCCAGCCCCGAGAAAGGCUCAUCAUCCUCUGACACAGGGACGUGUGGAGGCCUGGAGGCAACUCCUCCUCUGCAGGAGUUCGACUGGACUCGGACCGCUGAUUUGGAAACGGACGCCAUCAAAGAAGCUGUUUUGUACUUCUCCACAGAUCCUGAGGCUCGGACAUGGUUGCCUCUGAUCUUCUCCCUCUCCUUGGAGGCCUUGAAAGGAUUCCGGAUGCAAGGGGGGAGAAAGAUUCUGGGGCUAGCCCAUCCCAUUGAGGAAAUCCGGGAUGUGGUGCCUGACGUCUCCCUGGGAGGACCGGCCUUUUUCAAACUCUUGACCAUGAGGGAGACGCUUAGACUGAGGGCAGAGAACGCAGAGGAGGCUCGCUCUUGGAGGGUUUUGAUCCGUGGAGCUCUGGACUCUUACCUGGAGAAUGGGGAGGAUGAGAGCUCUGAGGAGCCAGCUACAGUACACCUGGGGGUGACUGGAAAUCUACACAGACUGGUGCAGCACAGACUAAAAGAAAAUGGAGCACUUCUAGUUCACCUUUGUACCGUGCCCUCGGAGAAGGGUCUGGACUCUCAGAACUUCAAAUGUGCAGGGUGUCCUCAGCAGAUUGGCCCGUCCUUGGGCAGAGCCAGGUUAUGUGAGUUCUCAGGCCAGUACUACUGUGAAUCCUGUCACCAUGGUGACACCACCAUCAUCCCUUCACGCAUGGUGCACAACUGGGACCUCACACCACGAGAGGUGUCUAAGAGGGCCCUGCGGCUGCUGGCUCAGGUAGAAUACGAGCCUCUGCUGAACCUGGAGCAGUUGAACCCUGAGCUAGUGAGGCAUGCCGAGUCCAUGGCUCAGGCCCACAACCUGCGGCAGAGGCUGCGCCUGCUGGGCGACUACCUACUCACCUGCCGCAGCGGGGCCUACAAGAAACUCCAAGCUAGAAUGGGGCAGCGAACGUACCUGUUGGAGUCGAGCCAUCUGUACAGUGUCGCAGACCUACAACAGAUAGCAGAGGGCCAGUAUGCAGCCUACCUGAUGACUCUGUCGCAGUUUGCCUCCAGCCACGUGUUUCACUGUGACCUGUGCACUCAGCGUGGCUUCAUUUGCCAGAUAUGCCACGCUGAUGACACCAUCUUCCCCUUCCAGUUUGACAGCACCACCAGGUGUAAAGAUUGUAAAGCUGUGUUUCACCUGGCUUGUAAGGCUCCCGAGCGAUCGUGUCCUCGUUGUCAGCGAAUGAAGAAAUACCUGGAGAGGGAUCUUCAGGACUGAGAGCAGUCAAUUUGACGACCAUGUGUAGCUCACCACAUAGACCACCUUUUUCAGGAAGCUAGAAGGCUGCAUGCUGGGAGAAAAACAGCAGAAAAGUAAAAAAAAAAAAAUCUAGCUUUUACAUUAAGUAACCUCAAGUGCAAUUAUGAGUGAGAUUAACCUGCCCUAACUAACCUUAAAGCUGAAGAGGGGGGUGUAAGGGGCACAGUGUCACAGUAGCUAGACUCGCUUGCUGCUGUGGCACAGUGUUGUGAUGCUGACGUAAUGCAGCCAAAUGUUACUGACUUUAAUACCUCUCUGGAUUCUGACUCAGCCACGGCAUCAAAAGGAGGACAGGACAACCAUGAAGGUUGCUGCCAAGAACUGUAUCCAGUACAUUGUGUUUUUACUUUGUCUUACUGUGGGGAAUACAUUCUUAACCAUUAUGUUUACCAGGAAUGCUCUGUUCUGUUUGGCUUGGAUGCACAAAGAAAGUCUCAUAUUUAAACACAAUACAGCAGCGUGGUUUGGUACUGUACGUGCAAAAUGAUGAAAACAGCACAUGAAAUGUUCCAAUUUAAAAAAAAAUCUGAUUGUGCCUUCUUUUUAAUUUUAAGCUUUAUACUGUUUUCCUCUUGGUUUGUCUCUAUGACAGGACCAAAUAGCAUCCCAUAGGCUGUUUUUUUUUAAAUUGCCAUACCCAUCGGUUGAAAUUACACAGCUGCAUUAGAUACUCUGAUUCUGUGUAAAUCUGUCACCAUGAAGACUUUGUGGAAUGUUUCUCUUCGUAUGUUAACUCAAGAUUAUUUAAAUUUACACACAGGCAUUGAUAUGUAUGAUUUAAGAAACAGCUGUGUUCCUAAAGGGGAGAUUCAAAAGAACUAUGCUGCUUGUGUGCUGAGCCACACUGAGGUAAUUCAUGAAGUUGGUGAUGUAAAUAAAUUAUAAACGUGCGGCAGAAAACAUUUUGGAAACAUGUUGUUGCAAAUUAGGAUUUUUGGGGAAAGAAAUUAUUGGAUUUCUCAUUGAUUCUGAAGUGAAAACAUAUUUUGCAUAUUUGCACUUAUCUCUGACUGUUAAAUGGAUAUUUCAACCACAGUUUAGUUGUUAUAUUCUCGAGCACAUGAAUUUACCCCUAAACUAACAAACAAACCUGCUUUGCUGACAUUUUGCUCAGUUUUAUUUUCAUCUCUUGAACAUUUGACUCUUAUGUAGGGCUGAACUCACAAAAUUACCUUAUAACAAGAUUAAAAUUCACAGAGAACAAAAACGUUCUUUUCAGAUCUUGAUUUUGAUAUAUGCAGAACAUAUCGCUUGCAAGUUGCAACUACAACAACUGCAGCUGUCCCUGGUUUAUUUUAAUUGUGAUCUCAUGUAGUAUGUAUGAUGUAUAAAUGAGUAUAAAAUAAAUGUCAGUGUGUUA